UUUUGCACUAUAUCUAUGCUGAUCUCUCAGAAUAUCCGGAUUGCCGGCAGCUUGUUUGGGAUUCUGAUCCUCUUCAUGCUGACAACGGUGCUGGUGAAGAUAACAAUAGAUCCCCUUUCCUUCUUCGCUGUUACCAUGUCUACAAUAUGGUUCAUCAACUCCUUUGGAGCGGUCUUACAAGGGAGCUUGUUCGGACUGAUCGGACUCUUGCCCGCAAAGUACAGCAGUGUCUUCAUGAGUGGCCAGGGAGUGGCCGGGAUAUUUGCUGCACUGGCGGCUAUAUUCUCCAAAAUAAGCGGCGUGGGUAAAGAAGCGAUGGCGCUUGGCUACUUCAUCACCCCCUGCCUGGUGAUCUUCCUGACCAUCAUAUUUUACUUCACCUUGCCUAAACUGGAAUUUGCGAGGUACCACUUCACCAAAGGUCAGCAGAUGCCCCCUAAGAAGGAGAGUAACAUGGGUUUGCUGUUCAAUGAUGAGGACAAAAGCAAAGUGAUGCCGAAAAGCGAGACGGCGCUGACCAACCUGGAGGUCGGCGAGGACAAAGUGGAAAAGACCUCGAGCCUCAUCAAAGUGUUGAGCAAGAUCUGGAUGACUGCGAUCUCUACGUGCCUGGUCUUCACGGUCACCCUGUCGGUUUUCCCUGCCAUUACAGCGAAGGUUAGCUCACAGGUGGAGGAGGGCCAGUGGAAAGACUACUUCACACCAGUAGCAUGCUUCCUGCUGUUUAACAUUAUGGAUUGGGCGGGACGCAGCAUUACCGCUGUCUAUAUGUGGCCGCGCAGACGAAUCCCUCUGUUGGUCAUGGUCCUGGUCCGGUUUGUUUUCAUCCCCCUCUUUGUGCUCUGCAACGUGAAGGAACGGUCUCACCUGCCCAUCAUCUUCCGGCAUGACGGCUGGUUCAUCCUCUUCAUGACCCUCUUCGCCUUCUCCAACGGGUACCUGGUCACGCUGUGCAUGUGCUACGCACCCAAGCAAGUCUCCACCAGGGACGCGGAGAUGGCCGGGGCAAUCAUGGCUUUCUUCCUGUCCCUGGGACUCGCGCUGGGAGCCGCCCUCUCCUUUGCCAUCAGGACGAUGAUGUAAACGGCCGCGGUGACCCGCUGGGGGGGGGGGAGAGGGGGUCUCGCCCACCGCCCUCCGAAACAGCGGCUGGACUGUGAACGUUUCCACGGGAUUCCCUCUCCCCCACCCCUCCCCAACUCCGCUACGCCCCACUCCCACUUGAGCACCCAUUCUCGAGAAGCCCCCCACCCUUUGCCACCGAGCCACACGCACAGGGACCGCACCCCCACACCCAGGGUAUAUGCAAAUUACAAGCCGCAGCUACAGUUCACCUCCACCCGCCAUCCCGUAUCCAGCAGUCCGGGUACAUGUCUCGGGCAAAACUGACCCCAUUGGAGGGGUUCCUCCUCCCCUCGGAGUGCAGAUCGGGCGGCGCCCGUCAGGGUGGGGGGGGGGGGGAGUUGGGGCCGACAUUUCACUUAACCUCCGCGGGUGCCGACUGGCGGCCUGGCUUUUUCCCGGGAGUGGCGAUGGACAGUCAGCUGAGGGAAGUUCGAUCCCAGCCUCCCACACGCUGGGUCAGGAGAGACCGUCGGCUCGGUGUGAUCCAGACAUUCUGAUGCUCCUGCUGGCAGGGUGAGACCUGCAGGGACCACAGUGCCUUCUCGCUACGUUCCUGUACAGGAUCAGAAUACUGUACUUGUCUUUGUUUUAUUUUUUAUAUAUAUAUAUUCUAAAUUAAAGAACUUAUUGGA